AUGGCCGACGGGUCGACAGCGGCGCACGACGGCUCGGGCAUCCCCGUCGAGGGCGAUCUCUUUCCCCGAAAGGGCAUCCUGGUCACGCCCAACUGUCUUUGUUGCGGGGAGACCAUCAUGCAGAUGCUUGGUUUCUUGGACACCAUCGAGGACCUCACCCCGGAGCAGACGAAGCGCUUUUGCCAAAUGAUCAUCCCGGCCAAUCCCCUGCGGGCGGCGGCCGUGUCGUUGGACUAUGCCGCGUCCACCAGCCCCGGGCGGCAUCCUCUGACGGCGGCCUUCUGCGUGGCUCUGCGUCACCGGAUCCUCAUGGGCCCGGCCUUGGCCAACUGUCCGCCGGCUUGCCCGACCCCGGCCAACUGCUUCCUGGCACGGUGGCUGACUCGCACGGCCGACGAUCUGUCCCGCGGGUACCGCUGCACCCCGAGCAACUCCAGGCCCUCUUCCGUUGUCGCCGACAAUCUCCCCAACUGCCUCGAGUGGGCAGCCACUCUGGCUGAUUGGGCCCUUUGUUACCGGCUGUUUGUCGACGCGCCCGGCCUGCUGGCCGAGCUCAUCCUGCGAGCGGACUUUGCCCAGCUUCAGGCCGCCUGCCAGACAUCCACCGGGCCGGAGGAUGACUUUUUGGACUUCUCCCAAUUGGCCGGGUUCCCAUUUCCCCCGCCCGUGUUGGAGGCCGAUCGGCGCCUCGUUCGCAACACCCGAGCGGCGGCCGCCCCGCUGGGAGCCUGGGCCUGGCCCUGUGGCGCCGGGGGGGCCGAGCCGCUGGACUACUCCGACGCCGUGCCGGCCUUUGGCCUGCUGAUUGCCCCACGCGUGUGGGCCACUCUGGUGAUCCUCCUCGUGCCGCUGGAGGCCGAUCGCUGCCCGCGCCAGCAAGUCCGCAGUGCCACCCUCGGGCCGGGCAAUCACCCGACCAGUUCCCUGGAGUCUCCCUUCGCGGAAAUUCACUACUUGCGCCCCUUCCGGCCGCGCCCGGCUCUCGGGCCCUUGACCGGCGAGGCGGCUCGACACAUGCAGGCCACCGCCCUGCGCCCAUUGCAGCACUUGCUCGGGGCCAUUCUCCGCCGUGAAAGCAUCCUCGCCGAGGCGGCCUUUGCGCGGGCGGUGCCACGCGCGCUGCUGGCCGCGGCCCAACUGCGUGCUUGGCUUCCGCGCGUCACUCGCCGGCAUGAUGACGUCCCGUCCAUCGGCCGACAUGGCCAGAAGGACCAGGCCUUCCAUGUGGCCAAUCUUCGCGAUGAGGCCCUUGUGGCUCUGCUCCUGCUGGCCUUCGGCCCGGAGCCCGUGGCGGUGUUGGCUGCCUCGCUGCCCCUGGCCGCGCAUGCGCUUUUGCACAGCAUGCGCAAUGCCCUGGCCAAUGCCCAACGCGUGGUGCUUGGCCCACGGUCGGUCCACCCGCAGCCCAGUGUCUUUUCCAGCGACCUGGGCCCGACCUUGCCGUCUUUGUCGCUGCUGGCCGGUCGGGUGUCCAUCCACCCGGAGCCCCUCCCUUCGGGGAGUCUCACCGCGGCCAGCCUGGUGGUCCUCUUUUCCGAGGCCUUGGGAGUGCUUUACCACAGCCGCGCGGGGCUGGGUUUGGAGGAAAGCCAAUUCCCCUUCGCCGAUUGGACUCCGCGCUCGGAAAAUGCCCCGGUUGCCAAGUCCACCAUCCAGCAAUUCACCCGGACCGUGGCGCGCCUAUUCCGGGCCCCGGAGCAAAUCCUGGCCGCUCAUUCUUAUGCCCCGACGAUCGAGCUGUCCGGGCUCAUUUUUGAUGCUCUUUCCCGGCAAGCCACCGGCCCGGCCAGUGGCCAUCCCUUCGGCAUGGUGGUGGCGACCCCGCAUCGGGCGCGUGUGUGCGUCCGGUCCAUUCAUCGGGCCUUGACCACGCAGCUUCCCCUCCAGCGCUUCUUGGCCGCCGGGCCACCCGCUGUCAAUCCCGAAGAUGGGCCCAUUUCCGACAUCACCCGGUUGCUCUGGCAGGUGGCACAUCAGGCCUUGCCUCUGGCCCGGGCUCCCCGCUGGGCAUCCGCCAGUUCUGUCCUCCCGGCCUCGGUGGUGGCGGCCGCCUGGCGCGCCCGUUCCUGGGCCGAACUCAAUGCCGCCAUCUCCAACAACCUUAGUACCGUGAUUUUCCGCUUUGUCCAUGACAAGCUCUCCUUCACCGCGAAUGAUUUGGAGAAUGCGGGCUACACCUCCCGCCACUUCCCCGACCUGCCGACCCAGGCGCCCUUCUCUCUGCCGGAAGACCGCGAGAUCCGGCGGAUUCCUCGGCAACAGAGUCUCACCCUGGCCGAGUCGCUGAACCUGGCCCUGCCGGUUCGUCGGAACAAUCUCGUUCGCGACACCCUGCAUGGGCUGCUCCACAAGCGCCUCAACAUUCAAAAGCCCUUGCGCAUUCAGUUCAUCACGGCUUAUGGGUCUGACCGGCCGGCUGGCGGUGCCAAGGCCGGUGUCGGCGGCGACGCCACCGAGGAGAACCUCUGGUAUGACCUCUUCACCGCAUCCUUCCUCUUCCCGAAAGACCAAAAUAUGGCCAGCCUGCUUGCCGCGCAUCUGGACGGCCUUCCAGGCACCGGCCACCACUCAGGCGGUGAUGGGGGCUUGCUGGACGGGGAGCUGAUGGCCCUAUUCGGUGAUGCGCCGAUGUUGGCGGCGCUCUCCUCCACCAGUGACGAUGAAUCGUCGAGUGGACCCUUGAUGUCUCUCUUUUUCGACUCGGAUGACACGGAGCUGCUGGAAGAUGGGUCAGCCUCUGAAGUCGAGGCCGAGGCCGAGGCCGAGGCCGAGGCCGAGUCUGGGGCUCUGUUCGAGGCGGGUGUUGGUGAUGUCCCCACUCCGGCCGUGGCUUGCCCCUUCUCCGUGGAGGAUGGCCAUCUGCCGGACUCCGCCAGCACCCCGGAGACCGGGGCCGAUGUCGAGGAGAACGCCGCCUCCUGCUCGGCAACCAUCGACAAGCCGGAGGCCGAGGCCGAUGACGGCGAUGCGGAGGACACCGACGCCGAUGACGGCGAUGUGGAGGACACCGACGCCGAUGAUGGCGAUGUGGAGGAUGACCUGAAGGAGGAGACGCCUCUCGUCAUCACCCUGUCCAGUGACGAUGAGGCGUCCGUGGAUGAUGGCCCUCUCGAUGAUACGCCUGCUGCCAGUUCCGCAUCUUCCGACUCCCCGUCCGGCAGUGGGACCGACUCCGACAGUGACUCCAGCGACUCCAGUGACUCCAGCGUCGCUUCUUCGAAUGACUUCAAUUUCAACGAUUCCGGGUCCGAUAAUGAGCUCGAGGUGGAGGCAGGCCUGGACCUUGGUGGACCCCUGCGUGAGUACCUCAACAGCCUGGGACGCGUGCUCUUCCGGUCGAGUAGCCGGCUCUUCGUGGAGGUCGGCGGGGCCGAUGACUCGGCCAUCGACCAGCUGGGCGAGACUUUCCCCUGGGGCCGGGAAUGGGGUCCCGGGCCGUUUGCCCUCCCGAGGACCGACAGCCCGCUGGCGCUGUUCACCGGCACCGCCGACCGGGGGGAGCCCCACUCGCUGGAGGUCAUCCGCCUGCUGAAUUACUAUACCCUGGUGGGCAUUUGGCUCGGGCUGGCGGCCCUCAAUGGCGCGACUCCCGGGCCCGGGAGCACUUUCGGCAUUCCGCCCUUGGCGCCGCUCCUGUGGCGCUUCAUCUCGGCGGACCUCAUCGGCAUGCACCCGGAGUCGGAGCUGCCUCCGUCGUUGCGCUGGGCGCGGGAUCUUGGCCACGGCUUCAGCCCGAACCUCCAGCCGGCCGAACUGGAAGCCGAGGCGUGCCUUGUUGACCCGUCUCUCGCCAAGGUCUUCCGCUUUUUGCGUUCCUCCGCGGCCAUGAACGUCUCGUCCAGCACCCCGCACGCGCCGGUCAAUGUUGAUGUCCCGAGCGCCGGGCUGGACCUUGAGUCGGACACUGUGGCCCAACUGGGCUUGACCUUCACCCGAGUGAUCACCGCGCUGAAGCCCGGAUCCGGCCCGGUGCCCAAUGUGGCCGAGGAUUUCAUCGAGGCACCUCUGCCAACAUUGCAGGACAUCGGCGAUCUGGAUGCCAACCUGGCUGCUUUGACCGGGGUGGUUUCAUCCGAGGGCGAUGUCACAAGUCUCAAUGUCGAGGAGUACAUCGUCCGGCAGGCGGCGCAUCUGGUCGGUCCCACCAGUGCCGUGCGCAAGGCUGCCCACUCGAUUGCCUAUGGCAUUUCGGUGGCCCUCCUGCCAACCAAGAAUCAUCGGAUUGCGCCGACCGAAAUCCCCCUCUUCUGGGCGCCCCGUGCCCUGGCUCGACUUCUGCAGCCGACCCCCGCCCUGACGGCAUCCUCACCAGGGGAGCUGCUCCAGGCACGGAGUACCCACUUCACGGCUGAUGACAUCUUGGAUCGGUCGAUCUUGCUGUUGCCGCUAAAGCGCCGCCACCCGGCCAUGCGGCGCUUUGUCCGGGCCCUUCGGUGUCUGACGCCGCGAGAGCUGGAUCGCCUGGUGCGCUUCAUUUGUGCCGGGCAAUCCUCCUCAUUCUGGGGCGGUCCGCCCUCGAUCAAGAUCGGCCUCUCGCGCGUCAUGGAGACCGACUCUUCCGAGUCCGAGCCCGACCCGACAUUCUCUUCGUCCGAUUUGUCGAGCACCGAUGUGGCCUCCGACUCGGACUCCUCGACUUCGGUGGAGGAUGACCCCGACUUGGAGGCCUCCUCCUCCGACUUGGAGGCCUCCUCCUCCGCCGGGGAGACCUCGCAGCCGGACCCCACCUGGCGAGUCGGUGAUGAUGUCAUGUCGUUGUCGAGCGACUCCGAGGGGAUCACCCUUUCCGAUGGAUCUCCCCGUGUCACUUCCGAUGCCCUUGAGCAGGGCGACCAGCCCGGGGCCAAUGAUAGCGGCGAUGAUGCGGACAGCAGUGACACCGAGGACAGCGACAAUGAGGCCCCAGAUGGCAGCAUGGGCAUCCUUGAUAUUGCCGUGUCUGCCGCGGUGUUCGCCACCGAGCUGGCGGAUAUCAUGUUGCCUUCGGGUGCCCCUGCCUCGCGGAGUCCCUCUCCCCUUCCACCAGGAGAGCAGGAGCUCCUGGCGGUCGAUCGGCCAUCGGUGUCCUCCGACACCUCGACUGCCGCUGCCUCGGCUUCGGAGGGUGACAUCCCCGCGGCCAUGGUCGACCGGCACACCGGUGGCCCUGCUUCCGAGAGCAGCGUCUUCAGGUCGGAUGUUUCUCGCCUGGCGCCCAGCCUCAUGUGCAAGUGCAAGGGGGUGUACAACCACUCGGAGCUGAGCACCGAUGAGGAUAUGGACGAGCCGCGCACCGACUCCGAUGACGAGCGCGCCACCUAUGCACAGGCCCCGGUGCGCAUGUGCCCACAUCACUAUCUCCCGAAGCGGGUCCUCCCCUCUGCGCACACGUGCAUUCGUCUGUUUGCCGUGCCGCGCUAUCGUAGUGGGCGCGAGGCACUCAAGCGCAUUCGCCGCGCGCUGGAAGAGCCCAUCGGUUUCGCCCUCGUGUGA